AUGGCACCUUUAAAUCCCCAUCCAAAUCAUGCAAUUGCUAAUUAUUCGGUACUUGUCACUGGGCUGACUGGGUACAUUGCACAGCAUUUGGUUAAAUUAUUGAUUGCAAAAGGUUAUAAAGUUAUUGGACAAGUCCGUUCUAAAGAAAAGGGUGAGAGAUUGAAAAGUAACCUCGGGUCAGAUAGUUUUAGCUAUGAGGUUAUCCAGGGAUUGGAGGUGAAAGGAGCGUUGGAUCCAAUAUUGCAAAAACGUAAGGAUAUUAGGGCCAUUUUCCAUACUGCUAGUCCGGUUUUAUUUGAGAGUAAAGAUGUUUACAAUGAAGUUUUUGUACCGGCAGUGGAAGGCACUAAGAAUGUACUCGAGUCGAUUUAUUUGCAUGCUCCACAGGUUAAGAAAUUGGUUGUUACUUCAUCUUUGGCUGCGUUAGCAUCUUAUGAUCAAAAUAUGGACCCAAACUUCAUUAUUGAUGAAACAAAUUAUAAUAAUACUACAAUGGAAGAGACUUUGAAAAAUGGAUCCAAUGGUUAUUAUGGAGCUAAAACUUUUGCUGAAAGAGCAGUUUGGGAUUUCAAAAGGAAUAAAUAUCCAAAUUUUGAAGUCACAAUGAUUAUGCCUUCAUAUACGAUCGGGCCCCAAGCUUUCGAUAGUGAAGUUAAUGGGAACCAAUUAAACACCACCGCCCAAUGGGUAGCCGAUUUAUUGAAAUUAAAGCCUGAAGAUCCAAUUCCUGGGUUUCUUGAUAGCCAAAUUGACGUUAGAGAUAUUGCCAGAGCUCAUGUAGUUGCUUUGGAAAAUCCAAAUACCAAUGGUAAAAGAUACUUCAUGAGAUUAUCAAGAACCAAUAUGCAACAGAUCCUUGAUAUCAUUCAUAAACAUUUCCCUAAGGAAUUUGGCCAUUUGCCAAAGGGUAAACCAAUAACUGAUUAUUAUAAUGAGAUCUUUGUUAAAGCUGCUUAUAUUGAUGAUACUGAAACCAGGAAAAUCAUGGACUUUGAUUAUAUCUCUUUAGAACAAACCAUCAUUGAUACUAUUAAUCAAAUAUUACGUACAAAAUAA